GCUAUUAAUUUCAUAAAUCCUUUAAAUUAUUUAAGUAUUUGGCUUUAUCUAUCGCAUUCUGCAAAAAUGUUUAAAAAUUUAUCACAAAAAAGACAACGAAUAACUAUUAGUGAAUAUUUAAAACAAGAAAUAUGUGAAUAUUGUGAAAAUAAUCUUAAUAAAACACAAGUAGAUAUUGCAAAGCAUUUCAAUUCUCAAGACUCUAGCUUAAAUUUAAAUCGAACUACAAUUUUUAAAAUUUUAAAAGAUAAAUCAAAAUGGUUAGCUAUUAUGGAAAGUCAAUUAAGUUCUACAAUUUUUAGAUAUAAACAA